AUGGCGCCGGCGCUGGGCAUCGCCCUCUUAUGUGCCCUGCUGACCACGUCACGAAGUGAGCCAAAAGAUGCCGUCCUGCGGCUCAGUAACGGUGUUUUAAGCGAUGCUGGUGGUGAUGUCCCCGGGGGUGGCAUCCCCACGGGGGUUGCUGGAGGAGCACUGGGACAAGGAGGUCUGCUCGGUGACGGAGGUCUCCUCGGCACGGCAGGGAUCCUCGGUGGCCCCAGUGGCCUUCUUGGCAGAGGAGGACUUCUGGGCAACGGAGGGCUGCUGGGAGGCGGCGGCCUGCUCGGCGUCCUCGGGGAAGGCGGCUUGCUCAGCACGGUCCAGGGGCUCACCGGGCUGAGGAUCGUGGAGCUGACGGUCCCCAGGGUGUCCCUGCGGCUCCUGCCUGGCAUCGGCGUCCACCUCAACCUCUACACCCGGGUGGCCCUCAAUGCCAAGAGCCUCCUGGGUUUGCUCGACAUCGCAGUGGAAGUGAACAUCACAUCAAGGGUCAGGCUAACCAUGGAUGGCAUGGGCUGCCCCAAACUGGUGACAGAAAGAUGUGAUACCCUCCUUGGUGGCAUUAAAGUCAGACUCCUGAGAGGCCUGCUCCCAGUUGUGGAUAAUUUAUUGGCAAGUGUCCUGAACAGACUUCUUCCUAAUGUGCUCUGCCCGGUGGUUGACAUCGCCCUGGGACUCGUCAAUGACAAGCUGGGUCUUGUGAACUCACUGGUGCCCCUGGGUUUGCUGGGUGGUAUCCAGUACACCGUGUCCAGCCUUCCCCUGGUAACCAGCCAGUUCCUCGAGGUAGACUUGAACACUGCUGUCAGGCGAGUGGCAGGAGGUCUGGUGGACUAUCCGCUGGGAAAGCCAGAAGCUGUCCCCACACCACCACGGGUCCCCGUGCCUCCCCUGCCACCGAUGGCGGACACCAGCUCCUCCCAGCUGGGCCUCUCUGUGAACUUCCUCAGCUCGGUGCUGUCGGCCCUGCAGAAGGAGGGUGCCCUGGACCUGGACAUCUCCACCGGCAUGUUUCCUGAGCUCCCGCCGCUAACAACAUCGACCCUGGGAGCCCUGGUUCCUGCGGUUUUCGAGGUGUACCCCGAGUCAUGUGAAUUGCUGCUGAAAAUUGCAGUCCCUGAAGCACCUGUGGUGACCUUAAAGAAAAAUAAAGGUGUGAUCCAGCUCACGGCUACCGCAGAGGUGGUGGUGAUCCACCCAGAUGAUGUCCAGAGGUCUCUCUGCCUUCUGAAUAUUGACACCUCCUUGCUGGCCCAGUUUUCGGUCAAGGACAACAAACUGAAGAUCGGCGUCAGCCUGGAGAAGGCUGAUCUCUCCUUGGUGUCGUCGUCCAUCGGUGGUUUUGAUGUCUCGUCCCUGGAGAUGCUCGUUGGCCAGAUUUUUGAUGUUGCCUUCUUGCCUGCACUGAACAGCGUGCUGGGAGCGGGGGUUCCCCUCCCCAGGCUGCUGAACGUCGACUUCACCAGCGCGGACGUUGACAUCAUUGAAGACCUCAUCGUGCUGUCGGUGUGA